AUGCCCAUGACGUACAGGUCAAAUCCAGGACCCCCCGGGCUGAGGAAAACCUGUCCCUUUCAUGUCUCUGAUCAGACCAUCACCCCCCUCAACGACACCAAGCACCUGCUGGUGUCGGCCUUUAUGGAUCAGAGGGUGAAGGGCUUUGAUAUACGCAUCAUUGGCAUCUUCAGGAGAGACUCCAUCCAACCCCUUCACUGUCGCUUCUGCUGUGCGGGUUUCUUGUCGAUCACAACUCCAGCAAACAUUUUACAACACACAGACCACUUUGGAUUUGCCUUCGCCACUACGGAUGUCAUGUGUCCGAUUCCUGAAAACUGCAACGCUACACAUGUCACUCUUCUCACUCAGCCAGAGAGUGGGAUUGCACCCAAACAGAUUUGGCUCCCCAUAAGAAACAGAAAGACCAACGUGGACGAGGAGGCAAAGUUGCAGUUUAACUUCACAGUCUGCAUCUCCAACCUGUUUGCAGACUACAACAACGUGCUUCAGUUCGCCCAGACCCUGGAGAUGUACAAGUUGCUUGGUGUGGACAGAGUGGUGAUCUAUAACACCAGCUGUGGCCUAGAACUCGAGCGUCUGUUGCAGAUCUACAGCCAGGACGGCUUCGUGGAGAUGGUUCCUUGGCCCAUCCACCAUCAUCUGAAUCCAUCUAAAGGCUGGCUGUUCUCGGAGCAUGGAGGGGACUUGCACUACUUUGGCCAGUUAACCACGCUCAAUGAGUGCAUUUACAGAUCCAUGGAGCGUUCACGCUACGUCCUGCUGAAUGACAUUGAUGAGAUUGUAAUGCCGUACCAACACAACAACCUGAUGUCUCUGAUGAACAUGCUCCAACAGCAGCAUCCAAAUGCUGGGGUGUUCCUCAUAGAGAACCAUAUCUUUCCCAAGAAACCCUUUGAGGGAGAUGAACCAGGUCCACUGCCUCAAUGGAGAGGGGUCCCAGGCUUUAAUAUUCUGGAACACAUCUACAGGAAGGAGCCUGACAGAACCAUAUACCACCCCUACAAGAUGAUAGUCAGGCCGAGGGCGGUGGAGCAGACCUCAGUACACGAAGUGCUCAGGCAAUUCAAAGAAACGUUCAAGGUUCCGCUGGAAGUCUGUCGGAUCGUGAACUGCCCAAUGAGACACCCCAAAUCACGGCUCGAGGAGCUCCAUGUGGACACCCGACUGUGGGACUUCUCAGAUGAUCUAUUGACCCGCGUGAUCAAGGUGCUGAGGAGAGCUGGGCUGCUGAGCUCCGAAGGGGAGGGUCGACAGAUGGCAUGA